GUGAGCGGUCCUGCUUUAGAUUUUGACAGCAGGGUCCGUUUUUUUUACCUCUUUGCUUUUCUUUAUUCCACCCUGCCUCGCUCUUUCUUUCCCCUAUUUAAAAAAAAAACACGCCUUAGCCUGCCGUGUGAAUGUGUGUAUUUAUUUAUUUAUGCAUCCUGUUUGAAAGUGUUUAGGUUUUUUUUUCUUUUCUUUUUUUUACAAUUUAGUCGUCCCUCAAAUGAGAAGACGUAAAAGAUGGAGCUUCAUAUUUUAGAGCACAGCUUGAAAGUGGCGAGUAUAGAGAAAGAGGGGAUCCAGAUUUGCACCCACGGAUUAAUAAAACUCGCUUUCCUGGCCUCCAAAACAAGAUGCAAGUUUUUCAGCUUGACGGAGACUCCCGAGGACUACACCAUAAUCGUCGACGAGGAAGGCUUUAAAGAGUUGCCCCAGUCGGAACACAUCAGUGUUGCUGAUGCCACGUGGUUGGCCCUCAACGUGGUGUCGGGGGGCGGCAACGCCUCCAACUCACAGCCCAUCGGAGUCACCAAAAUCGCCAAAUCAGUCAUCGCACCGCUGGCCGACCACAACAUCUCUGUUUUCAUGCUGUCCACGUAUCAGACCGACUUCAUAUUGGUCCGGGAGCGGGACCUGCCCAUGGUCAUGCACACGCUGUCUUCCGAAUUCACUUUGCUGCGGGUCGUCAACGGGGAGACGGUGGCUGUUCACGACCUGGGAGUCACCAACGGCUUCGUAAAACCUAAACUAGUGCCCCGUCCCAUCAUUCACCCUCUAUCGAGUCCCAGCAACAUGUUCUGUGUGACCAGCCUGGACCCGGACACGCUGCCCUCUGUCGCCACCCUGCUCAUGGACGUCAUGUUUUACUCUGGAGGUCCAAAAGAGCCCGGAGCCUCCAGCGAGGACUCCAACCACAUCCGCUUCUUCUCCUUCUCCCUGAUCGAGGGCUACAUCUCGCUGGUCAUGGACGAGCAGACAACUCAAAGGUUUCCAAACAACGUCCUCUUCACUAGCGCUUCUGGAGAGCUUUGGAAAAUGGUUCGCAUCGGAGGACAACCUUUAGGAUUUGAUGAGUGCGGCAUCGUGGCUCAGAUAUCAGAACCCCUGGCUACAGCUGACAUUCCUGCUUACUACAUUAGUACCUUCAAGUUCGACCACGCACUGGUUCCUGAAGAAAACAUCCAAAGCGUGAUCGGAGCUCUGCGGACCAAGAGCACAGCACAGUGAACGACUUUGCCGGAGGAGAAACCGCUGUGUUUGUUUUUUUUUUUUGUCUCUCCAGUCAUUUGGUUCAAACGUUUAUCGUGUCCAAAAAGUGCCAAGAGCUUCUUAGCGGACUCCUGUGGAUGGGCUCUGAAGGAAGGGGAUCGAACCACAAAGCGUGGGUGGGAGGGGGAGGGGGAGGGUGACAGCGUGUUAGGGAUUCAUUUUCUUUACCUCCUCCUCCUCCUCCUCGGCACUCGAGCCCCUCCACUGCCCGCUCUGGUAGUUGUUGCUUUUUAGUUUACCGGACUGAAUCCGUUUUUCUUUUUCCUCUCUGAAGCUGCUUCUUCUUCCCACUCCCUGACCCUCAUGAGCACCAUACUGUAUUAGUUACAUAAUUCCUCUUACAGAAGGAUGACGAAUGUACUCUCUGAAGCAAAAGAGAGAUUAUAUAUAUAUAUAUAUAUCUAUAUACCAAGCUCUCCAUUUUUCUUUUCUUUUUGUUUGUUCCGUUUGGUUUUCGACAGGUCAUUUCAUCGGUGCCAAGAUGUCUGAAUGCCCCAACUGAUGCCUUUUUGUUUCCAAACUUUUCACAUGUGCAAUUUGAAGGAGACAAUUUAGCGAGACAGCCGGCGCCCGGUGGAGCAAUUUGUGUUUGUUUGUUUUUUUUCUUUUGCUUUUCAGUCGCUGUUGAACAUGUUUUAAUCACAGCAAUGAUCUGAACUGGUUCAGUCCCUUUAGAGUUUUUCGCUUGAUCUGUAGAAACCUGGAGCGGAUCUGAGAGUUUUGAAGAGGACGGACUCUUUUUUUAGUGUUUUUAAAAGUUACACGCGUUCGCACUGUGAGCAACAUGGCGGAUGAGUCACCACAAAGCUGUUUUUUUUUUUAUUGUUUUCAAAUUCAAAUCUGAUUUUUUCCUGAUUUUUUUUUAAAGUGCUGUUUAAUGGCAGAGACCAAAAUAAUGCUUCAGGUUGCUGCAGCCAAUCACAGCACUGAAACAAGUCACAUAAAUGUUAGCAUGCUACGCUAUGCAGCUGGUUUUAACAUCUCAUUCAGAUGGCUUCUACUUCGACUUAGUACAUAUUGAUUUAAUGUAACGUGACGUUAUUUAUUAGCCAAUGUUUAAACAUUUCACAAAACAUGAACUACUGUCCAGUCUAAAUAAUUUAUAACUACUUUUACACUGUAAAAACUCAAAUCUUAGCGAGUGCAUUUGUCUCAUGAUGUCUUAUCAUUACACAGAUUACAAUCCACAUUCACUUUACAAGUCCUGACAAACGUCUUACGUCGAGAUGUUAAACGGGGAAAUGUGCGGUCAGGGUCGCUUGAAAUGAGUGAAAAAACAAAUCUGCUAAUGGGGAAAGAUGUCUGUGUGGGUUGUCAGUCUUCCAGCUCAGCGUAAAUCCAAUCCUGAUCCAAAGGCAGCUGGACUUGGUGGAAGAUCUUGAGGAUGUUUCACCUCUCCUCUUUUAAAUAAAUCCAGCUGCCUUUGGAUCAAGAUUCAAUUUACAAUGUAAAGGUAAGCAGAUUUGACUUGUGAAGUUUCCUAAUAUGAGAUGAAAUGUCAUUUCUGACCCCAUUGGCAGAUAUUUUACACUCUUCACAAGCUAACCAGGCUUUAUUUUCCUCUUUCAAUAUCUUAAAAUAAGAUGUUUAUCCAGACUUGUCAGGUAAAUGUGGCUCAUAAAAAAAAAAAGUAAUGAGGUAUUUUUGAACAGGAACUGGAUAAACACACUUGUUAGGAUUUGAGAUUUUGCAGUGUAGUAGUUUAUUAUAAUGCCCUGAUUGGCUCUGAAUGACUGCGUAUUAGAUAAACCGUGGUGAUUGGCCAAACUAACAUCUGUGUGGUUUAAAAUCUGUCUGAACAGACUCGUCUACAGUGGAGGUUAAAGUAACAGUUUGCUGAUUUGCAGCUCAAACCUUAUCAAGUGUAUUUGUUUCAUUUCUAGUCAAACAUUUCUCACUACAUGUUUACCUGACGGGUCCAGAUAGACAUCUUACUUCAAGGUAUAACGAGCAAAAAUGACGGCCUGGAAUCCUUAAAAUAAGUAAAAUAUAUCUGCCAAUGAAGCGAGCGUAUGAGAGGUCUAUAUCUCAAAUAUCACAACUCAUUUUAAGACUCUUAAAAACUACAUUUCCCUCGCUGCACUGGCAGAUAUUUUUUUAUUUAUUAUGAGCAAGUCAGGCCUCAUUUUGUGCUUUUUAUGUCUUAAAAUAAGAUGUUUAUCUGGACUUGUUUGGUAAAUAAUUUUGAUAAAUAAUUAGAGAAAUCCACCGGCUUAGAUUUGACUUUUGUCAGUGAACUUCAAGGACGUUAAUAUCCAGCAGGUCUCCCUUCACAGUUAUUUUUCCACAUUCUUAUAUUACUUAAAAGUUAAAUAAUCAUUCAAAGGCCUCAAUCAACCCAAUAUCAGACGAAUCAAUCAUGCAUCAUGAGCUGGAUCAAACACUCGAUGAGUUUAGCUUCUACUUAAAGCAAUAAUAAGACGUGUUUGGAAUCAAUCUUAGGCCUUUCUUUCCAACAGGAUCGAUAACUCUCUCUCUCAUUUCUGUGCGUAUAAAUGGAGUUGUAGCCUGUAGGUGAUUAGCUUAGCUUAGCAUAAUGAAUGGAAGCAGGUGGAAACAGCUAGCCUAGCUUCUCUUCACCUUUUAUCUUUUCUUUUUCUCUCUGUAUAAGAUUAGUUUGAUCCCUAAACGACAGAAAAGAUUCAAUCAACACUUGCAGUGUUUUUUUAGGUUUUGAUUUAUUUAUUUUUUUAGUUGAGUACUUGCCGGGGGUUGUGACUCUUCAGAUUUAUUUAUUUUUCCCCUGAAAUAGUAACACUAAAAGAUUGAAUCAUAAGCCCUUUUCACACAUGCACUGAUACAAUUUCUUGACCUUUUUCUUGAAAUCGUCCUGAGCAGGUUUAUUCACGCGUCGCUCACAGCGGGAGAUUUUCGCUGUCGGAGAAAGGAAGCGAGUAGGGGAGGGGUAUAAACAUCAUGAAACUCUCUCUCUCUCUCGCUCUCGCUCACUCGCUGGAAAUUUUCUUUCUGUGUUUCCACGUUGGCUCACGCUGACAUUUCACCAGGGUGAAAGAAUUCUGCUAAUUGCAUUCACACAUGCAGCAGCUCGCUCUCAAUAUUUAGAGAAGGUUUUGUGCAUACAAAGGGUUAUAGUAAAAACUGAACCCACAAAGAAGGGCUGCACUAUUUAUGGAAGUAGAUAUAAAAAAAUCACAAAUACUGCAAAGUGCAAUCUCCAGAUGUUAAAACAGAAUUGUAAUGACGUAUAUGUGCGAGAAUCCUUGGCCUUUACAAAUGUUUUUCAGCUGUUUUUAAAAAGGAGAUUAACAAGAAGAAAUGUCGGUUCAGACGCCAACAAAUGCACAUUUUAAAAGUUUCUUACCAUGAAUCUUCAAACUAUCUUAAUAUCUGUCAAAACAAAAGCAAUGCAAUGUUUUUCAUUCCUUUAAACACUCCAACUCUGCCGCCCUUUUCCUUUGACUCGAUGAUCAUGUUGCUCACAGUGUGAACCCGCUGCAGUAACGACCCUGAUGAUGAAACGCAAUGACUUCUUUCUUUCUUUUUUUUUUAUUUGUUCAUCUACAGUAGUAAUAAUUACUGAGCCACUUUGACGAUGUACCAGAAUAACGACUGAGUGCAAGCGUGCUAAACGAUAAGCUACGGUCCACCACGCGGGGCAGGAACGUUUCCCCCCUCCUGAACCCUGCUGGUGUCCAUUACGGUGUUGAAGCUGCCCCUCCCCCCGCCCCAGUCUGCACUUUAACGCAGGUCCCCCCCAACUCCUCAUCCCCCCCCCCCCAAAGACCUGCUGUACUGUAUGAAACGGGGAGGGUUAUUUACUUUACAAAGAUCCUGUCCACACGGGGAGAUUCCUGUUGGUCUUAAAGCGUUUGGUGAUUAUGUCCCCCUCCCCUCCCCCGCCCACCCACACACACACACACACACAACACCUUGCACCUAACAACACCUUUUUUUUCUCCUGAUCAGCUGUGAUGAGUAGAGACCCUGUGUUAUCAGUGUUAAAACAUGAGGAAGGUGACUUUUUUUUUUUUCUGACUCCAUUUCAAAGAAAACGUUGAAAGCUUUCCGCUUGGAGCUUCUUGUGUGGAAAAAAAAUAAAUAAAACAAGCUUUUUUUUGA